GGGGAUUUGAAUCUUUAAACUUCACUUAAGUUAACCAGCAGAUGUAUCGGUGUCCUAAAGUAGGAUAAUAUGGACAGCAAGUCUACUUUUUAUCUAUUGUAAAUAAAGGUUUUUCUACAACGAUCUCCCGCUUCAGUUGUCGACAUGAAAUGUUUGAAAGUGGACGAGUACAUCAAGCGAACUGCUUCUGUGGAGGAGACGGAGCAUUUACUUCAGGAAUUAGAGAACUAUGUGAAGAGUCGACCCGGCCUUCAGGGUCGCACUCUGUGUGACAGGGUCAUCAGAGCCUGUAACCAUCAACUUGGAGUUGGAUCCCCCGACUUUGACCAUGUCAGUCAGUUGGUAAAGCUAGUGGAGCUUUCCCUUCAUGGCUAUGAUGUUUCUGCAGCCCUCGUUCCCCAGAGCAGUCCACUGUACAUGGAAAAGAUCAUUUUCCAUAUUGUCAAGAAGCUAAGCUCCCUCAAAGCUCACAGUCUAUGCAGCUAUGUAGCUGGGUUGCUUUACAGCAGGCUUACCCCAGCACAACAGGCUGAGGACUACUCUGUUCUUUUGCGGAGCUGCUUCUCAGUGCUAUGGAGCGGCCUGUCUGCUGCCAAAGACAAGAAAAUCCUGAAUCCCCGGGACAAACUCCACUGCCAGAUGCAAGCUCUGAGUUUCCUCUUGUUGUUGGACACAGAAAGUGCAACUCCCUCCUUAUCCAAAGCUCCCAUAUACACAGAGGAUGCCAUCGCUGAAUUUGAGAGUAGCUCUGGAGCAGUGACCAAGGAGGACGCUUCCUUUCUUCUCCAAGAAGUGCACUUGCUUUUCAGAAGAUGCCAGACUGGUGCUCAAGGCUGCGAGGGGGAUGGGUCCAAGCAGUAUAUUGAGAAAUCAAGUGUAUAUGUGCUUUCUGAAAUUCUGCUAAUUAUAGUUAAGGUGCUUUGUAAGGCUGGCCACUACGAUCUGGCCUCCACCUUUCUGAAUGAAACUGAGAACAUGUUUAGGGACUGUACUGACUGUCAGUGUACAGCUCUGUUGCUUGGAAAGUGGGCAGUAAAAGUUCAUUCAACAAUGAAGGCUGGCGGGGAGAGUAGCCAGGCUUUGACAGAGUGUGCUAGAGCCUUGAGGUCUCGCUCAGCGGACCUGGGAGACCAAGAGGCUCAUGCAGUUCUUGAAGGAUGUGGACUAGUGGUGUGGGCUGUGGAGAGUGGCCACAACAAGGGAUUAAGUGGCCCUGUACUCCUGGCCUGGUUUUCUUUCCUUGAGGAGCACCAAGAGCUGAUAUCAAAAAUGCUAAAGAAGAAUUUGACAUGCCAGGCUGAGAGCAGCAGACUACAACAGGCCCUUUGUUUCAGUAUUUACCAAGGCUUUGUAUUUGCCUAUGACAGCAUGCUGGCAUCGCAGCUGGAGAACAGCGAUACACUGGACAGAGUGCUGCUGUACUGCCAAGCCACAGCUGGACAGAUGAUGACUGAACUGCGCAAGCUGUCUAGUGAAAGCCUUCUUGUCAAAGCAGUGAUUGCUGUGAGCAACUUAGCUUGUGGAUUGUACAACCGACGUCUCUAUGACCAGGCCUUCACGCUAGUUGAGAUCCUCUGCAGGGAUCUAUGCAAGAAUUGCCCCUCCUCACUCUCUGUUGAUAGGUUGAGCCGACCCUUCAUGCUGGCCGUGCAGACAUCUCGCCGGGCUGGACAACUGGAACGAGCACUGGACUGGGUGAUUCUAUGGCUGAAAGCGCUGGGGAACAAAAUGCCUACUCAUAUGGCUGAGCCAGUGUCUCUGUGGGUGAAAACAAAGACUGAUGCAGCACGUAACUCUGACGAGGACAUCCGACUAAGGACAUUGCGUGAUGGUUUUGGUCCUGACGUCCCUGAUGAGGGAGUGAUGCUCUGCCUCUUGGAGGAAGAGCUGCAUGCCUAUAAGGAGGUGGCGGGGGACACUGCCCAGGAGCGAUACAACACACUCUGCGAUCUGUUGGACAUCUGCCACGAGGAGAGCUCCCACACCCACCGACGUGCUGUCUACCUCUGCGAAAUGGCCCAAGUUGUGUGUUUCCAAGAUUUCAGUGAACAGACUGACUGCUCUGCAGUUGAUUUCACGCAUGAAGCUUUACGGCUACUGGAAGAGGAACCGGAGACUGCAGAGAAUGCUCAUAGACUGAAGGAUGACAAGGCCCACGCUUUACUUUGGCUCUAUAUCUGCACUCUGGAGAAGAAUCUUCACGAGGCCAUUGAGAAGGACAAAAAACUGCGAGAGUUGCGUGAACAGACACGGUGUGUGGCCAAUCCCAUAGGAACCAAUGAUUUUGAUUAUGAAGACAAGCAGAAGACACAGGACAGCAUUCUGGUCUAUGAAGGCCUGCAUUUCAACCUGGCUGCAGAGAACAAAUUGUGCAAACCUCUGGAAAGAGCUUUGGAUGAAUGGUCUGCCCUUCUGCAGAGUCAAGUUGUGCCUUCUGUCAGGAGCCCCAAACAGACCUGUAGCUCCAUUGCUUUGACUGCAGCUCUCUUUAGGCUCAUGGGAAAGCCUAUAAAGGCUUUGGAAGCUUACCAACUUGCUACUGGGCUUUCACGUCACCUUGCUGAUGCCCAUGGUUGUGUCAGCUCCCUCUGUCAGUCAGCCAGCCUCCUUCUGGAUAUGGGCGCCCCUGAACUGGCUUUGGCCCAGUUAGAGCAAGCAGAAAAAAAUCUCUCCUCAGAGACCAGUGGUGAGGGGCCUUCUUCGCUCUAUAUGCUGGUCAUUCUGUUGAAAGCUCAGUGCUGCUACAGCACAGGACAGGUGGAUCGUGGAGUGCCUUAUCUGUGUGCAGUGCUUAAAGAAGUGAAUGAGCAGAGACAGUCAAAAAGCUGGUACCUGCUGCGUGCUCGGGCACUGCAGACCUGCAGCUCCUACCUGAGUUUGGACACGGAUGCACUGCCACGAGCCGAGCGCAGCCAAAUCACAAAGCAUGGUAUCAAUAGCCCAGAUGCUGCUCUGUAUGAAAGUCUGAAGCUUCUCUGCAGUCUGCUGGUCACUUUAGUGGGGAAAGGCCUGUACGGGACUAAUAGCGGCACCUCAGAUGUGCGCUUCAUUGAUCAAGGAGACAACUUGGUGCUGAAAUGGCAGCUGCUCUCAGAGCUGUUAAAUUGCUCCAUGAAGAUGGUGGCGGUCAGGAGCAGCUGUGGGGCCAUUAAUGAUGCCCGGCUCCAAUGCCUAGAAGCCCUUAAACUGGCCAUCAAGCUGCAAGCACUCAGCCAAUGCGCUGAGCUUCUGGUAAUGAAAGCUGAGUUGGAGCUGAUGCAGGGGGAAAGAGAAGAAAGUGAAAUUGAUUUGGACAAAGUCCGAAACCUUCUGGAGCUCUGCACAGAUUUCUCAGAUCAUGUGCAGAAGGCAGAGGUGAAAAUCAAGCCAAGGAAAGGUCGCCCGGCACAGAAAUCUCAGUCUCCCCUACCAACUCUGGAGGAUGAUUUUAAGGGCAUCCUGAGCACUAGGUGGAUUGCUAAAGAACCUGUAGUUAGGGAUCUGGCCAGCUCCCCACCUCUCAAAGCGCAGCCUCGCCGCUGGCUCUCCUCCCUGGCGCAUGAAUCCGACUGCCAGUGCCCCUGCUGCUCUGAGCCCUGUCUGGGCCGUGCCACUGCUCGCUGGGCUGCUACGCAGGCUGAUCUGGUUCUCCGGCUGGAUCCCAGUGAAGCUAAAGUCAGUUUGAAACUUCAGUGGGCAACAUUAGCCCGCUGUAAGAGUGUCACCGCCAAACUUGGGGCAAAAUUGGCUAAACUCUUCCCUCCCUGUGACCCAACCAAAGGCUGCUCGAAACCCUCCCUGAUGCAGGACGUGGUGGGCCGUGUGUACCUUCGCAUGGCCAUGUCUGGUCUGCAGCCGAGGCUUAGCAAAGUCUGUGGCAUAUGGAAAGUACUGGAAGCUGGUUUAGCAUUUGUAGAUUCCACGCCCUCUCCUGUGCUAAGACCUGUGAAAGCAGGCCUAAUGGCUGCUAAAGCCAUAGUAUCAUUGAUCACCUUGGCUUCCAAAAAUGGUUGUAACCCAGAGGAGCUCUUCUCAAAUGCUUGGAGUUGGAAUGCACCAAAAGAAGACAAAGAGCUGAAAUCAGAACAGAAACCAGCUCCUCUCUCAUCCUCACUCAAGAUGUCUAAAGACAUUGUUAAAAACCCUGAUAUACCUGACAAAACAAAGGAGGCAAAGAAAAUCAAGGCAGUCAAGCCCAAGAUUCAAGUGACAAGCUCCUCAACCAGAGGAAAGGGACUGGUUCCCAUGACGCCAGUCAUGGUAAAGUCAAAGCCCUCAGUUAAGGAGCUUGGCUCUUUUGACUUUAACACUGUGGUACCUACUGUAGUUUGCACUCCUGUUCAGAAGAUGAAAGCUCCUGCUUCAGUGCAGAAAGCACAGAGGACUGCCCCUAAGCUACAAUUUCAUGUGUAUGAAGAGUUGUCACCAGUUCAAGACAAAGCCCGCCUUGUGCCCGCGGCCCCCAGACGCACAAAGAAAUCACGUUUCAAGGUGGAGUUUAGCGAUGAAAGUGACUCAGAGGUUAAUACCCAAGCAGAAACCAAAGAAAAAACAGACAUCCCUAGAAAGCGAACAUCUACUAGAAGAGCUGCUCACAGUGCUAAAACAGCCCCGGACCCGCCUGUGGAGAAGGUCCUACCCAAGAAGCAGACUAAGGGUAAGAGAAGCACCGCAGUGACUCGGGCCACAUCUUCUGAGGAUGACGAGACCUUGGUCUGUCAGCCUCCCUCAACAAGAAGAGGAAGAACCAGAAAGGACCUGUCCAAGAAAGAAACAGAACCGGUGGAGGAGCCAGACAAAAUGAGGACCAUUGAGGAGGAAACUAACGAAGUUCUGGACAUAAGCAUUGAGCAGCUCAGGACAUCAGACACUGAGACUGAAGACAAUCCCGCUUCAAACAUAGAUUUUGAAGUCUUGCGCAGGGACAUGUGUUGCGACUUGGAAAGAGAUGACCUGUCUGAGCUGAGGAGCAGAGGUCAUCUGAUAAACGGUCCACAAACCCACCUCCCUCAUUCAGACACCAGGCCAGAGAAUCUUUCUCUGGAGGAUGUUCAGGUGUUGCUCCGCUCAGCAUGGCUGGCCCUUCAGCACUUCCCUUCUCCCACCAUUUACCCGACGCUCUGUGCUCUUCUGGCCUUGGCACUGGGACAGCAGGACCCCAUAACUACAGCAAUGCUACAUUCCCAGUCCUUGGGCAUCACAAGUCGUCAUCGCACAAUCAGGCAUUUAGCCAGUUGUCUGAAAAAACUGAGAAAGUCGUCCAGCGAGUUGGCAGAAAAGAUGGAUGCUCUGAGCCUAAAUGAGCUCAAUCCAACUGAGUCCAAGACUUCUACUGAACAGAGGUUGGCUCAGUUGGAGAACAUCUUUUCCUUCCCUACAGCUGACUCCUUAUCUUUCCCUCACACCCACUGCCAAGAGUUCACCCAACAACUUCAACACCUUCCCUCAGGGGUAACAGUGUGUGUGAUGUCUGUCCUCGGAGUAAAACCUGGGGAGAUGGGCGACAGCAUCAUAAUGUCACGCCUUGAGAAAGGAUCUGCCCCUGUCACUGUUCACAUCCCCACAUCUAAGCAGCAGCACCCCGUUAGUUGGCUGGUGCAGGAAAUGGACAGUAUUCAGGUGGAACAAAAGGUUGUGAGCUGUGUGUCUGAGAAAGCCAAAUGGUGGGAGGGGCGCAGGGCGCUUGACUCUCGGGUUGAGCGACUGUUGAAAGAGAUGGAGGCGUUACUUGGAUGCUGGAAGAGCUUUCUUCUACCCCUUUCAUCAGAUCCAGAGCUCUGCAGUCAAGCCCAGCACCUUUGCAAGGCCUUGUCUGCCAGAGGAGUGACAGGCAGUGAGGACAUGUUGAAGGCUGUGCUCUCUGCAGUCCCUGUACUCUCCCAAGAAGACCUCCAGAGAUUUGCUCUUGGAUUUUCUCCACAAUGGGACAUGGAGUGUGACCAGCUUCUCCAUUCAGCGGUGUCCCGGCUUUCAGAGAGAGACGAACCCCGCGGUCAUGUGGUUCUCAUUCUGGACAAGUACCUUCAGAAACUGCCUUGGGAGAGCAUCUCCAUCUUAAAGUCCCGCUCUGUCAGUCGGAUGCCUUCUCUGCACUCACUGAUUGGACUCGGCAUUCAGAAAGAGACUGACUCUCACUCCAUCAUGAAGCAAGGUGUGGAUACAGGGAAGGUAUUUUAUGUGCUGGACCCUGACGCCAAUUUAGGAAACUCUCAGGACCGAUUCAAGGAAUGGUUUAGCAGUAAACUGGACUGGGAAGGUGUUUGUGGUGUUCCUCCUGACUCGGGUCAGCUGGAAGAAGCUGUGGCAACCAAGGAUCUAUACAUUUAUGUGGGUCACGGUGCAGGCGCUCGGUUCCUGGACAGUCAGGCGGUCCUGAAGCAGGAGAUGAGGGCAGCCUCUCUGCUCUUUGGCUGCAGUAGUGCUGCUCUGGCAGUGCGAGGGGAUCAGGAAGGACAAGGCAUCAUCCUCAGUUACCUCAUAGCAGGCUGCCCCUUUGUUUUGGGGAACCUGUGGGAUGUCACAGAUCGGGAUAUCGAUCGUUUCACUAAAGCCUUAUUGGAGUCCUGGUUAUCUGCUGGGUCUGGAGCUCCUCUCCUGGAUUACAUGGGCCCUUCACGUCAGGCCACACACCUGAAAUACCUCAUAGGAGCUGCACCUGUGGUCUAUGGCUUACCUGUCCACUUGCAAUAGCUGGUCUCAGAAGCUAAAACUCUUAAAAGCAGGAUUUAAACAAUCUAUGCAGUAUUUAAACAUUGUGUCAGCACAUGACUUUCACUUGAAGUUCAGUUGAGGUUUUUCAAGUUUUAGCAAGAUUAAUGUACUGCAUUUUCUUAAUUUAAACAAAUGCUUCCUUUUUUUUUUUUUUAACCAAUGUAACUAGUGUGAAUGAUCUUAAAUAUCUUGAUAAUUUUUAUAAAGUGUGUUAAUGCACUUUUAAUGUGUUAAUUGAACAUUUUUUAAUAAAUGUGUUGU